CUUACGAACGGAACGAACGCGCGAAAUAUACGCGAAUCUAUCGCUUUAUCGGUAGGCUUUAAAAUCUCGGAAAUUGGAGCUGACACUUCGACACGAUCAAAGUGCAGUUUGUUCGCCGAAUAGCCGAGCGUAUAUCGAAUCGAAAUGUAUUCAUCAACCGUAACGCAAUUCGAGGAACCGCCGAAAAAGCGAAUUCCAGUAGAGGAAGACUCAUCAUCGGAGAAGAUCUCAUUGCAGGAUGAAUCCGGGGAGCAACCCCUUAUAUGGAGAAAUGUGAUUGGAAUUGGGAUUCUUCACGUUCUGGCUGUUUAUUCCUUCUACACUAGUUACCAAGACGCUAAAUUUUGGACGUGGAUAUUCAGCCCGAUUUAUGGAAUAAUGGCAGGUUUGGGAAUUACCGCAGGAGCACAUCGUCUCUGGGCACACAAAAGUUAUUCAGCGAAGCUUCCUCUAAGAAUAUUUCUCGCUUACCUCUACUGUAUGGCUGGCCAGACAUGCAUGUACAAAUGGAUCAGAGAUCACAGAACUCAUCACAGAUUCACCGAGACCGCAGCGGACCCUCAUGACGCCAACAGAGGUUUCUUUUUUUCUCACGUUGGCUGGCUGAUGAUGCGUCGCCAUCCAGCUGUCAAGAAAUACGGGCAAAAAGUCGACAUGAGCGACAUUGAGGCGGACCCGGUUCUUCGUUUCGCGGACAAAUACUACACACCCAUAAUGCUAUUUCUGUGCUUCGUGCUGCCAACGUUGUUGCCCGUUUAUCUGUGGGAUGAGUCCUGGUACAUCAGCAUUCACGCGGUGAUCAUCCGGUACGUGUGGCUGCUCAACGCAACCUUCCUCGUCAACAGUUUCGCCCACAUGUGGGGCAAUCGCCCGUACAACAGAAAAGUAAAACCCACGGAGAAUCCGACUGUCGCGUUCUUCACCCUUGGCGAGGGUUGGCACAACUAUCAUCACUCAUUCCCAUGGGACUACAAAGCAGCGGAGCUCGGAGCUUACGGGCUCAAUCCUACGACAGCUUUUAUCGAGGUCAUGGCCUUGCUGGGUCUUGCGUACAACCUCAGAACUCCGAGAAAGGAUACCAUCGCGAAUCUCAGUAUCACCAAAGGUGACGGAACAAACAGUCUCUGGGGACGUCGAUAUCACGGUCGUCAUUAAUCGAUAAGGCGUUUCUCCCUCCUAACCCAUCAUUUUUUCCUUUUUCCUCCAAACUCAACCCUCUCCCAGCACACCAAUAAUGAGAGAAAAAAACAAUCCCUCUUAAAGGAUCGAUAAAUACACAUAUUUUUAUGUUCAAGUUUACCUCGUCUUUAAAGCUCGAUUGCAAAUAUCCGCGUUAAGAAUACUUCCAAUUUAUUUAAUAUUGUUUUAACGACACGUUGCUCAAUUCGAUUGUCCGCAUGAAUCACGCACAAACUAUUCAUAAUAUAUAGAUUUAUUCCGUAUUCAAGUAUCGAUAAGCAUUAGAUAAAAUUUGCAAUGUUUUUGACCAUCAUUUAUUUUUCGUAACUGAUUCACGCACUUGCAAAAAAUUUGCUAACCUUCCAAUGACAACUACGACACUCGCGUCGAAUGACGGAGCUUUGGUGAAUGGCUUUAAGUAAAAUAGAGAAAAAAUGUUUAACCACGAUCCACGAGAACGAAAGCAAGAUUUCUAAAAUUCGUCAUAUACUACUUCAUGCUUUUCCUCGUGGAACGCAACUUUGAAUUUAGCUGUUUGAAGCAAGACAAUUUGGUGUAUUUUUUUUUUGUUUUUUUUUUCCCGUGCUCGAUUUCGCUGUUUAAUUUUGCAACCCGUUCGUCCUGAUAAUCGAAGGUUGAAUCUUUCAUGAGGGACGAAAGCAUACGAAACUCAAAGUGAAAGGGAAAUUCUCCCGUUAGAACAUACACGUUCGACUCUCUGUAUAGAACUUUGUAUUAUUUCAAUAUUUUUCUCAAACUUAUAGGUUAAAAAAAAGGACAAUCUUUAAUUUGAAAGUAAAUUCAAGUAUAUUUUUUACCCUACAAGUACAUAAUGUAUAAAAAUAUCAGUGAAUAUCGACAGUAUACAGAUUAUGACAUGAUGGAUUUUAAUAAUAAUUCUUGUACAGUCAAAAAUUACGAAAGACUUUCGUAAUUAUACAAUGUUUUGUACAGGGCAAUGUAAUUUUGUACAUAUGGUUAUUUAAAAUAAAUAUUACUUGA